UAGGAACGAGAGAGAGAGAGAGAGAGAAAGAGAGAUCCGGGAGGGAAAGAGCGAAGAAGAACAAAUUAGCUUUCGACGCAACGACGUGUCUCUCUGACGCUCUGACUGGAAAUGGCGAGCUCGGUAGUGGAGAAGGAAACACAAACGCCAGGGAAGGAGGAAGUAGUAUCCGUCGAACUCACGGCACCUACUGGCUGGAAGAAAAAGUUCAUACCCAAAAAAGGAGGGACACCUAAGAAGAAUGAAAUCAUAUUCAUUGCUCCUACUGGGGAGGAGAUCAAUAACAAAAGGCAGUUGGAACAAUAUCUCAAGUCACAUCCUGGUGGACCUGCAGUAUCAGAGUUUGAUUGGGGCACUGGUGAGACACCGAGGAGAUCAGCAAGGAUCAGUGAGAAGGCAAAGGCAGCUCCACCACCAGAACCUGAACCUCCAAAGAAGAGAAGCAGGAAAUCAUCGGGUUCAAAGAAAGACAGUAAUGAAACAGAAGUCUCCCCUGAAGGAUCUGAAAAGAAAAAUGAAGUUCAGAUGCAAGAAGCAGAGGCUGACAAGAAAAAUAUUGGAGAAAUAAAGAUGGAGAAAGCUGUUACUGCAGAAAAUGAAGGUAUGAAUGAAGACAAAAAGCAGGAUGAUUCUGGAGAGGCAUCUGUGGACAAAUCUGAUGUUGGAAAGGAUAUUAAAGGUGAUGAAUUAACCAAGAACGAUAGCACAGAAACUGAAGCUGCUGACGCUGAGAAAGCUCAGGUCCCAGAAAAGGGAGAGCCAUUGCAGACAGAAGCAGAUAAAAAAGAUUGCCUAAAUCAUGCUGAACAAGAGAAACCAGAGACAGCUGUUGCCAAUGAAGUGAAGCAUGAAGAGGUGGGUGAGAAAAUGAAGCACAACAAAAGUCCACCUGAACCCAUUGGGGAAAUCAAGGAAAACCAAUCAGGACCUGCAAACGAGGAUCAAUAUGGUUUGCACGUUGAAGAGAAAGGUAAAAAGACGGAGGGGCCCGUGAUAGAGAAUUGCAGCCAGAACGGAGAAGCUGGGGAGACCAAGACGCAGGAGGUCAACCAAAUUGGACGAGUCGGUUCACAACAACCUCCUCCUGCACCUGCUCCAGUGAGCUGUUGAAUGUAAUGUCCUCUUUACCUUAUCUUUUACACUUCCCAUGGCUUACUCCAUCUCUUGUGUUCUUUGGAUGACUGUAAUCUCAAAUGUUGAUGUCAGAUAAGAUUUUUACCUGUAUCAUGGUAGAACGGGCCUCUAAUGCUGCAGCUUUUUGUUGCAUAGGGGAGGAUUUAGAUUGAACCUUGUAGCUAUUGCCUGAAAUUGUGAUCUCCAACACUAGCUAAUAUGUUAUGUAAUCUGCUACUGAUCUCUAAUCUUACUGUUUUUGAACCA